AUGUUUUCUGCCGGCGUUUUAAGUCUUUUGUUUUUGGUGGUAGCUGAAUUAUCACUAUCCGUGUCUGGCCAAGGAGUCACUUAUGGUGAUGUGCUGCACAACAUCUUAACGGGUAACAUUACAAACUAUGAGGACUCUUUUGGAGUGAUUGAGUAUUAUUCCGAGCAACCGUUCAGCGCAACCGCAAAUAUCUCAAUAGCGUCUAUCGAUAAUGCGGAAGUUCUGAAUGGCACCAUUCAGCUGUAUGAAUGGGCAACAUUUGGGCAAAAAUGGGGAGAUGCUGUGUUUUUGAAUCUCUUUAUGAAGUACAAUGGACAGGCCAACAACUAUUUGGAGUCCGAUGAUCUGAAACGUGAUUUGAUUAAACUUGCUGACGGAAACGAUACUUUGUUCAGAAUCUGGGCCGAGUCUUCUAGUGAUGAGGACCUAUCUAACUUAUACCAAUCUUUACACAAGGGCGAGUGA